AUGGAUCUUCAAGGCACUCCUCGUCCCCCCGGUAACCGUGGCACCAAGGUCACCACCGAUCCUCGCACACAGCAGCGCAUCGAAGAACCGUCUGGCCCUAUCACCAAUGACUCACUUGCCGCUGAGUCUAUCCGACAAGGUGGCGGCUUCUCUGGCAACCGUGGUGCCGAGGAAAUGGGCAUGUCAGGAAGUCAAUCCACAGUUAACAACAACAACACCUCCGCCUCCAUCAAGCUUCCAUCCACCUCAUCUGGAGCUCGCCGCCAGGACCGCCAUGAGGAACAGAAGUACCCCGAAUGUGUGGUUGGUCAGGCCAACUUCCCUGGCACCCAUAUGGACAAUUCUGGGUACGCCGGUGGCUCAACUGCGGCCAAGAAGGAGAUGGGCAUCAAGGCUGGCGAAUACUCUACCGCCAGCGGUAGUGGUGGUGGCAGUCAGUUUAACGACGUGACCGAAAUUCAAGCGGGUGGCCUUCCCUCCGAUGAUGCUAAAAAUGUUAGCUUCAACUCGGAAAUUGGUUCCAGCCAGGACCCUGGCCGUGACGCUAUUAGCCAGUUCCAGCAUAGCAAUGCCCACUCUGCUAAUGAGUCUGCCCGUCCCCAUCAGAAGGGUUUAGAUAUUCAGACUGUAUACGAGCACUUGGAAAGUGAUCAGCGCGCUUGA